AUGUCCGUCCCCCUCGUGUAUCCAGGUGUCGUUUGCGCUUGCGGCGCGGCUCUGCUCGCUCUCCCUGCAGCUUGUCGCAUCAGCCUGUUCCAGAUCGACGCCGUGCAUGCUGCGGGCGCCGCGCCAGAAUACCCUGUCCUGUCAUCGGCGUCCGCUGCAGCCAUCGCAGGCACCCGUUCGAUCGAGUCUGCCUGGCCGGCCCAACGUCAUCUGUCGCAGCGUCGUCCGUCAGCCCACGAGAUCCCCCUCAUCCCCGCACAGUCAAUGCAUCUGGAGUCGUUAUCUUGCACCCUGUAG